CAACACAAUGAAUAAUAUAAGAACAUCAAAAUAAUAUUUAUAAAAAAUCUUUUAAUUAAUGUUUGUCUUUUACAAAAUAAAAAGGAUAUAGGAGAACAGUAAUAAUACCAAAUAGAAUAUAUACACAACAUUUGGUGUUUUUUUAACAUAUUAAAACUUAAAAAUUUCAUACAUAAAUUGUGCAAUUUUUAUUUUUAAUAAUAAUGCGUUCGAGAUUGAUUGAAAGUGCUUUACAACUUAGAAAUAAUAAAUCAUUGUUAGAAAAGAGGCUUUCUUUUCCUCAAAUAUGUUCCGUUUUAAAAUAUAGUGCCAGUUCAGAGAAAAAUAAAACAAAAAAUGAUGACGAUGUUGAUGAUUAUGAUAAACCUUAUAAAUUUUCAACAUCUAAAGCAGCAAAACUUUCUGCUAGAUAUACAAGUGCAGAAGCGAGAAAUAAACCAUUUUUUCAACCAACAAUUAUAGCUUUAAGCUUAGCUGUCUUUUUUAUAUACUUUGGUAUCUUGAGGGAAGAAAAUGAUAUCGAUGAGGCUAUGAUAAAAAAUAUGGAUCCGGCAGUCGUAGAACAUAUAUAUGGAAAACAGAAAAAUGUAAAAUAAAAUUGAAUUAUAUAAUAGAAUAUAAUGUAGUUGAAAAUGU